AUGCUAUUCUCAACGCUCGCUUUGUCUGCCGUCCUUGGUGCCACUGCAUCGGCCCAGUACUUUGGUAAUUCCACGACAACCACGACGGAGUGGAUCAUCGUUUCCGAGUUCACCACAUACUGUCCCACGCCCACAACGUUCACGACCAACAACCUGACGGUCACCGUCACGGAGCCCACGACGUUGACGAUCACGGACUGCCCUUGCACCAUCCCCAAGCCCACGGAGACGACCACCAGCUUCGACGUGGUGACGGAGUUCACCACGUACUGUCCCGAGCCCACCACGAUCGUCACCAACAACAAGACCUACACGGUGUCGGAGCCCACGACGUUGACCAUCACCGACUGUCCUUGCACGGUGCCUAAGCCGGAGCCACAGCCUUCGUCGGUGACGGAGAUCGAGGUGGUGACGGAGUUCACCACGUACUGCCCGGAGCCCACCACCAUCACGACCAACAGCAAGACCUACACGGUGUCGGAGCCCACGACGUUGACCAUCACCGAUUGUCCUUGCACGAUUACCAAGACCGGCACGCCUAGCACCUCCGAAAGCGCCGAGCCCACGGAAACUGCGUCCUCGGUGACCAUCCCUGAGGGCACUGGCUCGACCUCAUACCCAAGUGUGUCUACCUACAGUGGUGCUGCCAACAAGGUUGCUGUUGGCGGUGUGGCUGGAUUGGCCGCGGCUGCUGCUUUGUUGAUCUGA